ACGUAAAACUGUUAGAGAAACAUAAAAGAAAAUACAAAUAAUGGCAGACAAACGACGUCAGAGUACAAAGCAACGUGGCUCAAUAUACACUGCGGCCUACGAGGGCGACUCAUUUGUGCAGCAUUUCGAGAAGCGGGGCGCACGUGAAGUAAUCAUAAUGGAUGCAACGGGCAAGCCGUUGCGGUCCACGGUCAGCCAGAGGCGCACCUUUGUCUAUGCGGCCCAGCUGCAUCCGUUGGCCAAAAUGGCACGCAACGUGGUCAGAGACCUGGAUCCGGCUAACGAUGUUACCUUUUUGCGUAUACGUUCCGAGACGCACGAGGUGCACAUGUCGCUCAAUCCCGAGUUCAUGGUUGUGGUCAUACAGAAACUGAAAUUACGUAAACGCUGAAACAAU